AUGACCCUCACCAUGGACCGUACCUUGAGGAUGACUUCCUUCGACGACGACGAGGCUGCUGACAAGCAGAGGCUCCAAUCUUUCAGCUUCGGCGGUGGUGCCCCAGCCGCCCCGAGCAAACGCUCACAUGGGCGUUCACACUCCCGCAACACCUCUGUCUCGCUCUCCCUCUCGGCUGCCGCGCCACCGGUUGUGCCAGGUGCACCGCUCAGUCCGUCGUUCAGCGCGCCGAGCUUUCCACAGGGACACCACGCGAGCAACUCGUCUCUCUCCGCCCGCAACUCGCACCAUCGCCGCCGUUCUUCCGUCUCCACCAGGCGCGAAAGCGCAGAAAUGAUGGGCGUCGAGCUUCCCGUACAGGACCGGGAGCUGAACAUCAAUCUAGGCGACAGGGACAGCGUGCGUCGUCGCGCACUCUGGGCACUCGAGGGCAAGAGCGGCGCGGACAACUUCGCGCCCGUCGAGAUUCCGGUACUCAACACGCCAGAGCUCGAGCGCAGGCUGUUCGAAUUGCCUAGCAAGCCCUCCUUCCCCCAGGUGUCCAGCUUCGGCCCCAGUCUAAGCGGUCUCGCUGGCAAGCGCGAUUCGUUUGGUAAUCAUUUGGCACCGUCCGCAAGCAACAAGGACCAACUCCACACCCUGGUCGAAGAAGAGGAGGAGGAAGAGGAAGAGACCGAACUUUCUCAGGAAGAGGCAACGCCCGAAGUCCUCUCACCGGCGUCUACUGCCACCCCGACGGAGAUGACGACGCGACCUCGGCCAGCCGGCCUCAACCUUCGCCCGCUGUCGCUCAACCCCGAGAACUUCGUCGCCGCAUACAACCCGGAUUUCCCAUCACCCAGCCCGAGCAUCCGGCCCGGCUUGCGCACGCUUACGCUGGCAUCGUCGCCACCGGUCUCUGCGUCGACGAACAACAAACGCAACUCGCUGACAAUGGCCUCCCCUGUCGCAGUUCCGUCCAGCGGGCUUUUUCGUCGCUCUUCGCUGACAUACCGGACGGACAGUAUGUCUUCGCUUUCGUCCGAGGAGGCACAGUCCAUUUCGCGUAAACGGAGCAGCAUCUCGUACAAGCCACAGGUGUCAACCAGCAAUCUGUUCGGUCUACCCACCCCGGAGAGCACACCUACCUCUGAGCGCCGCGUCUCGCUCGAGGCUGAGGAGCACAAUCACAGCCUCGAGACCGAGCAUCACUUUCUCGCGAAGUCUCAUGCAGUCCUUCUCACGCGUAUCGCCGACCUUGAGCGCGCGCUCAAGAGUCGCUCGCGCCCUCAGUCCAUGGUCUCGGACUCUUCCUGUUCUGAGCCAUCAGACGAGCUUCUCCAGCUCAUUGCCGACCUGAAAGCCGAGCGUGACGAGUUGAAGAAGGACUGCGCCGGAUGGCGUACUCGCGUCGCAGACUUGGAGAAGCAGACUGGGGUACUGGCGAAGCGCGUCGACGUCGAGCGCCGCGAGGCAUGGGUCGCGCGUGAGCGCGUUGGUCUACUUGAAGUUGAGAAGCGUGCCGUCGCGCGUCAGGCGGAAGAGGCUGCUGCCCUCGCGGCGUCGCUUCAAGCUCGGCACGCUGAACUCUCUCAGGAGCUCGAGGAGCAACGAAGCCAUCAUGCUCUCCUACAAGAGGAGGCCCGCAAGGGCCAAGAGGCGCUCGAUGAAGCCUCCCGUCUUCGCGCAUUACUGGCCGAGGAGACUCGCCGCCGAGAGAUUCUCGAGCGAGAACUCGAGAGCGCCGACCUUCUCGGGACACCGCAGCCUCCCCAGAUCAUUGCGCCUAGCCCGCGCCGUUGGGAAAGUUUCGGCUCGGAGAGUUCGGCGACCGAUGUCGAGAGCGUCGACCACGUUGCUCUUAAGGGACUCGGACUCGGCGCCGUCGAAGAGGUGGACGAGCAGAACUAUAUUGACGAGGAAGAUAACGAUCUUGAACAUUACGAAGACGAGGGCGAUGACGAUCUAUAUGUCGACGACGAUGUGUCGGAAAGCUCCAGUGUGAGCUCGUUCCACGCUCCCGAGCCUACACCGAAGCCCACGCCAACUAUCAACACACAUACCCGGGGACACUCACUUGUACGCGCCUGGGCAUUCCCUACGCGCGUCGUCGCCGCUCCAGAGACCAAUUCGCAGGAUGAGGUCGACCGCUUCUUCGGCUGCCUAGACGAUCUGGAGAACUCUCCACCAGUUGACUACGCACCGGCGUCGCGUGUCGGUAACCCGUUCGCGACGGCAGACGAGGAUGAAGCGGCAUCGUUUCCCCCAUUCGUUCUUCCAGCUGAUGUCGGUGUCGAGGUCUUCGACGCGACUGCCUCGUUUUUGGAUAAGAUCUCCGAGGAGGACGAAGAUGAGGAGGACCAGUAUGAGGAUGGGAGUGAAGACGAUAUGGACGACGAAUUCUUCGGCGAGGAGGAUGAGGGUGGGAUCAAGUUCACAUUCGAGAUUCCGCCCGAGUUCCAACACCCGCCGUCGCCGGUCCCUAGUCCGACUUCGACGGCCGUGGCGACUCCUGCCUCAGCCAACAUCCCCAUGAUGGAAGAUGAAGACGCGGCGUUCACGUUCGCCACGAUCACGCCCAAGAACCAGACUACCUUCAACUUCGAGACACCCAAACAUGUCGAAGAACUGAGCUCAUCUCCGUCCACGCCGAGCUCUAUCGGUCGUGGAGCGUCCCCAGCUUCAUCUCCUUCUGGUAUACCGCGCUCAACAUCCCUUCGCAAGUUCGCCACCACUCGGAGUUCGCCUCCGGCGCCGCUUGCGGUCUCUAUCCCUACAUCCAGCCCGAAGACGCGUCCGUCGUUCAUCCCUCAGCCCAGUCGCUUCACUCCUUCGGCACCUGCCAAGCCGACUUUUGUUCCCGCGCCGACCGUCCGCAAGCCUCUCGCCAGCACCCAGGCGCCCUCACCAACAAUCGCACCUCGGCCUCAGCAGCAUGAACUUGCAUCAACGUCUAGGUCGCCGGUUGUGAGCUCUCGCUCCACAUGGGGCAUUGGCAGUUUCCUCCCCUCCGUGUGGUCUCCCAAGGAAGAGGUCGGACCUGAGCCUGGCAGUACUGGUUUCAUGGCACUGUUCGGCCCCAAACUACCACAGGAGAUCAAGGCGCCAAGCUAUGUACCCAAGGAGCGUCAACUGGCGCGUCUGCGUGCUCGCAUGCAGGAAGAGCGCGAGAAAGGAAAUGGCACGCAUGGCGUCCAUUGUGGUCCGAAUUCGGGGGAGGUUGUGCUGUAG